GUUUUUACCACGUAGUCGGAAAAAACGAGGCGUGCGAGUGAAACGAUCUAGUCGUUUGUAUGAGAGAAUAUACCUCCGCGUCUGGAGAAAUUGCCUUCCCAAGGACAACCGCUCCGUCGUUUAAACUUGGCAAAUCAACGCAUUGCACACGCCCAUACGCUCCUGAUAUAUGCGGGAUAAUAGCGAGGUGAACGUCUAAAAAGGAAAGGAGAUAAGAUAACCGAGCCAGACAGAUAGACGAAUUGAAGUCUCGAUAUCAAAGGAAUGAAAUGAAAAGGAAUGAUUGUCGAAUUGGAUGCUGAUUAAAAAAGAGAUCUUGUUGCAAGAUUAUCGAACGAAUGCACGCGACAAAGAGAUACGUUUACGAUAAAAAGAAUCGUUAGACGACUUAGCCCAGACAACACACGAUAUCCUGUGGAUGUCCUGGGAACAUUCUUAAGACAUAAGGACGUCCAGAGGAUGUCUUUAAAACGACUUCAGGAGAUCUGUGCUGUCUGGGAGGCUGGCAGAUGGCUUAUUUAUUCAGUUAAUCCGACGUUUCGACCAUACGGGUUGUGGUUCUCUUCAGGGAAUUCAACAAUAAUAUUACGUCAUUGGUAUCAAAAUUAAAGAAACGGCUUCACUUCCAUCUCUGGGCAUCACACGAAGAACUAUGUUAGACGGCACGUCCAUCCGAUGUAACACUCAAACCAGGAUCUGAACCUGAACCUCUCCCACACGCCAGGCGAGCGUCUCAACCAAUUCGACCACCGAGGCAUAUCGUUUACCGAGGCUUAAAAUAUGUUCAAGCAAUUUUGACGCAACCGAAACUAGAACCAGUUAUGUAAAUGCAACUUCUGUCUUGAGGGAUAGCUGAAUGCUUUUUAUUCAACUUCCUAAUAAGUGGCUGAAAUUAUCCCCUGACAAUCCAUAUUGUUUCCUGCCGUAUUUCACUCGGAUAUUGAAACAUACAGUUCUGGACUUGCCUCGAAUAAAGACAAAGUGUGUGAAUGUGAAUUCUAUUUUUGCAGAAAUUCUUUUGGCCAUACAUUGUCUGAGCUGUCACACCCAUCGCGGACGAAGGCCGAAGGUAUCCUACAUGAUGAAUACGAAUCUGAGAGAGGGGAGCGGAUCAAGUACCAUUUCUUAAAAGGCUCCCCAUAUAUAUACCGUAUGCGCGAACGAUUGUACGCAUAACGGUUGAUGCGGCUGGAAAGUACGGAUGUGGGGCGAGUUAGAGCGGUGCUUAACGGUGAUCGGUUUGCACGGCGAGGUGUUUCUCGCAGUCGUAGCAACUUGAGCUUGUAGCCGUGUCGAGCCUGGACAUUCGCGACAAGUAUACCUAUUGAAUCUGUGACUGUGAUUGUUGGCCGACGACUUUUUAAGUGAAAAUGUUACUCGAAGCGGCACUGGUCUGUGCCUCUAUCAUAGUAGGCGCCAUUGUCUACUCAACCUGCUGGAGCUGCCACAUAAAGUAUUAUUACAUUGGAAUAGUGUAUCAUUUUCACGAUAUAUUCAACAUCAGGCGUAAUAAGAUGGAUUUACCUUCAAAGCCGGGUAAAGUUGCAAUUGUAACCGGUGGUUCGAGAGGUAUAGGAGCGGAAGUAGUCAAGAAAUUAUUACAGUGCGACAUGGAAGUUAUAAUCGCUUGUAGGACAACUAGCGCCGGUGAAAAGCUCAUCCUCAAGAUUAGAGAGUCUGGUGUCGCCAGCGGCCUGGCAAAGGUUUAUAAGCUGGACAAUUCCUCUCUCGAAUCGGUCAGAAAAUUCGCCGAGCAAAUAAAAACAGACUACGACAGAAUUCACAUAUUAAUCAACAACGCUGCUAUUAUGUUUCCUGCCGCCUAUAACAAGACGGAAGACGGAUAUGAAGAGCAAUGGGUAGUGAAUUACUUGUCACAUUUUUUACUAACGUCUCUUCUCCUGCCGUUAUUGAAAAGCGGCGGGCGUCCCGGCGAGUGCAGCAGGAUUGUUAACGUCACUUCGUGCGCUCAAGAUAUUGGCACCAUAAAUUUCGAAGACUUGGAAAACGGUUCCAAAGAAACAUCCUGCACACAUGCGCCGUAUGGACAAAGUAAAUUAGCGCAGACAAUAUCCACGAUAACGUUGCAGAGACUCUUACAAGAAAAAUCAUUGAAUGUAUUAGUAUAUGCCGUACAUCCUGGUAUAGUGAGCACAGACCUAUUCAAGGACACCUUAAUCGGCAAUAACAAGUGGCUUAUGGCUGCAUGGAAGACACCUGAUCGAGGAGCAACUCCGAUAAUAUAUGCCGCAGUGAGCGAAGAUAUUGAAAGAAAAGGUGGUUUAUAUAUCAGCAAUUGUAAAGAGAUUGCUACGCCUUCGUUAGCACUCAAGGAGGAGGUGCAAGAACGAUUGUUUGAUUUAUCUGUAAAGCAGAUACAUUUAAAAGAUUUUUUCCAAUAUUUAUAACGAAAUUACAUAGUAUUUGCUUAUUCUAUAUUUUGAUAAAUUAUACAUUUGUCGUUGAAUGUAUCGCGCAUACACAUUUCAACAAGCUUGUAUUAAAACUUGGCAUACUUGUUCACGAUUCAAAAACUCGUGCAAUUCGCCUAUUCUAAUCCUAACCGCGAGAAAAGAAAAUAUAACCGAAACUACGUACACAACGUGUCAUAAAAUACGCAUAACAAUCGCCGGAGAUGACAGAUAAACCGUGGCAAGAUCAAAAGAGGAAAAUCUUUUUAGCUAGCUCGUUCUUUACUGGAAUAAUACAAAUGUAUAUACAUGAUAAAACGGGCCUUUUGUGUAAUGUCAAAUAUGUAAAUAUCCUAGAUCCCUGUUUUUAGUUACUUUAUGACGUAAAAGAUAGUAUUUAUAGAUGUUGCUGCUGGGCUGUAUUUUACACGAAUAAAUAUGAAAACUAUUCUUUAAAAAAAAAA